AUGGCGGCCACAUCCGGCGACAAGGGUACACAGUACUACGAGUUCUACCGCGGCUCCAGCAUCGGCACCGCGCUGACUGACUCGCUCGAUGAGCUCAUUACCUCGGGCGACAUUCCCCCUCAGCUCGCUAUGCGUGUGCUGCAGCAGUUUGACAAGUCGUUGACAGAGUGCCUCCAAAAGGGCGUCAAGCAGAAGACGACCGUUCGCGGCCAUCUCGCGACCUACCGCCUCUGUGACGACGUGUGGACGUUUGUCGUGCGCGAUCCCCAGUUCCGUAUGGAGGGCACUGGUUCUUCGUCAAGCGGCGAGCUGGUCACCGCCCCCAAGAUCAAGAUUGUCGCGUGCAAGUCUGCCGACGCAACUGACGGCCGCAAGGGUCAGCACUUCAACAAGUGA